ACAGUGGUACCAGAUUAUUUACUUCCGGUAAUAAGUCGUCGCAAAAUGACGUUAAUCGAGUCGUAUGAGCAACAGUAUUCCUCAUUAAGUGCCGAUAUUACCGUUUCUAUCGGUAAAAUUAGUAACACAAUUGGAGCGGAAAAGCAAGCAAACAUUCGCCAUGUUGAUAAGCUGUUCGAUGAAUUAUCUGAACUGCUUGAACAGAUGGAGCUGGAAAUUAAAGAUCUACCUGGCAAAGAUAAACAGAAGUAUAGAACCAGACUAGUCUCAUACAAGGCUGAAAAUAAAAAACUCCUAGCUGAUAUGAAAAGAGCCAAGCUUGGAUUAAAUGCAAGGGAGGAGCUGUUGGGAGAAGAGUGUAAUGAUUCCGAAGAUCAGAGGACCAGAUUGCUAGACAACACAGAGAAAUUGGAAAGAGGAUCUAGAAGACUGCAGGAUGGUUAUAGAGUUGUCAUGGAAACAGAGGAAAUGGGAGCCCAGAUACUGACAGAUUUACAAGACCAAAGAGAAACUAUCCAGCGGUCCAGAAACAGGCUUGAAGAAACAAAUACUGCACUUGGGAAAAGUUCUAGGGUACUCUCAGGAAUGGCAAAAAGGAUAAUACAGAAUAGGAUACUUCUGGUAGUGGUGAUUCUAGUCAUAGUGUUUGUCAUCAUCAUGGCGAUAUACCUUACAGUACGCAAAAAGUCUUGAUGAACUUUAGUGUUAUAAUUUAUCUGGAGACGUUGCAAUAUCAUGGAUAAGUUAGAAAUGCAUUUACAGCUUGUGUUGGUCAGGUCCUAAUGUCAGGUGUAUGAUAGAGCUGAUUUGUGAUAUACUUUUAUUUAUUGUAUGGCCCACCUUAGAUACUUUAAAAAGUAUUGUUUGAUUUGUUUUAUGAUCAUUUGUCUUGAAAAGCCUUAAUAUUAACAUGUGCAUGUAAUGGUAUUCUGAAUAAUACUUUAUCGUAAAGAAAAUCUAUCUUAUGGACAAACUAAAUACAUAGAAUGGACAAACUAAAUAUAUAGAUUGGACAGCAUAAAUAUAGAUAAGCUUUUGUUCAAAUCAGAGAUAUAACAAGUAAACAGAUUACAACAUUGAAAAAACGGCGAAACGGACCGCCUGGAGGUGAUAAUUAGGCGAAGUGGCCGACUUUACAGCGACGAUAUCGCUACCUAUCUUUAUCAUCAUCAUCUUCAUGUGUGGUAACAAUCCCCAUAACUCUAAUGGUAUUUUUGACAGAAUUAUGCCCCUUUUAUACUUAGUUUUUUUGCAAUCUUCGCUUUCUGGAUAUAAUUUUAAUGCAAUACAAGAUAAAGACUUGAAACUUAAAAUGUAUCAUCAUCAUCUGCAUGUGUGGUAACAAUCCCCAUAACUCUGAUUUGUAUUUUUGACCGAAUUAUGCCCCUUUUAUACUUAAAUUUUUUACAAACUUCAUUUUCUAGACAUAACUUUGGUACCAUAUAAGAUAAUGACUUGAAACGCAAAAUAUAUCUGUAUCAUCAUCAUCUGCAUGUGUUGUAACAAUCCUAAUAACUCAGAUUUGUGUAUUUGAUGGACUUAUGUCCCUUGGUGUAUCUUCCUUUUAAAGUAGAGGUCUCUUAUUCAGACAUACGUUCAUUUUACUGUCAGAUCGCCGAAUAGUGGAGCGCGCUGUCUUAUGGACAGCUCUUGUUUGAUAUUUGCUCCGGGGAGCAUCCAUCGGUGUUACUGAUUGCCUCGUUCAAGAUUUGUAUUUCAUCUAUACGACACAUUGUUCAUAUUUAAUGAUAAUACUCUUUCCGCAAAUUUGUAGUAAUAGGUUAAAUAUUGUUAUAAUACAUUUGUGUGUACAACUCGUCCUUUGACAGUUUGUAACAUGUAAGUUUGAAUUUCAAGUUUAAUUAUUUCAAUAGGAGUUAUGGCCCUUUGUUUUAGCUAGGCAAAAGUAAAGUAAAGUAAUAUUCAUAUAUACUUAUAUUUA